UGUUUUCUUCCCCUUCUCUCUGGCUUUUUUUUAUCACCCAGAAAAAUCUAAACAUUUGCAUUAUGGUCUUAUCAAUAACUGGAAGAGGUGUAAUCAGUUUAUGAUAUAGAUAUUGCCACAUUCGCAGCAUUUUCGGCGCAUAUUUAUACGCACAGCGAACACUUUAUUCCAACAUUUCACAUCUUCCGUUCAGCCGAUAUAUACCUUUUCACAUUCAGCGGCGUCGUUUGAAUUCGUCAAAAACAGUUUAACCGAUUUUUUUCCCUAAAUAAUAAUAAUCGCACUCUUGUUGCUCCGAAACAGUUUAAAAUAACAAUCGUUUAAUAUGUGCCAAACUACAGACGAACAUGAAGUGGAAAAUGGCCGCAGAGACUCAGAUAUUCGACCGAAAAUUCGAAAUGAUUUACCUCCGAGGAAAAAAGGAUAUUAUAUGGAUGAAGCCAUUUCCAAAACCAAGUUCGGUUUCUUCAACUACGUCAUAAUUUUUCUGAGUGGCAUGAUAUUGAAUGCAGUGAUGUUGGAAACAUGUGGUAUGGCCUUUGUGAUUCCCGUUUCACAAUGUGAUUUGAAAUUGAGUACGAGUGAAAAAGGGAUUUUGGGCGCCGUUUCAUUCUUUGGAAUAAUUUGCUCAUCACAUUUGUGGGGCUACCUAGCAGAUACCAAAGGCCGUCGCUGCGUUAUUCAACCGACUCUUUUCGUAGCAUUUCUUUUGUCUGUCGCUGCUUCAUUCGUUCAAAAUUUCUAUCUUUUCGCCACAUUACGAUUUCUCAAUGGAUUUUUCAUCUCCGGUUCAUCGGCUACGAUUUAUGCAUAUUUGGGUGAAUUCCAUAACAACGCACAACGAGGUCGUGCCAUAAUGGGAUCAGCAUUAAUCUACGGUGUUUCGUGCCUGUUGUUGCCAUUGCUCGCGUGGUUCGUCAUUAAUCAAGACUGGCAGUUUUACGUACCUUUCAUUGAUAUCACAUACAAACCGUGGCGUUUCUUCCUUGUUGUCUGUAGUAUUCCUGGAUUCCUUUCGUCGUUGAUCCUAUUAUUUUUGCCAGAGAGUCCGAAAUUCGUUCUCGGUCAAGGUAAACAAAUGGAAGCUCAUAAAAUUUUGCAAAAAAUGAACCGAUGGAAUAACGGCAAGAAAAACGAACUCGAAUUAUUUGAAAUUUAUGAAGAGACUGAGUCAAUCGAAAAUCGACGUCGUAUUCUGGAAAACAAAAACAGUCGAUUCCCAUUGCUGAAAUCAGUUUGGAUUCAAACAGCUCCUUUGUUCAAACCUCCUCAUUUGUCAUCGACUCUUUUGAUUUGCACUAUUCAAUUCGGAAUUUAUGCUACGAGCAACGGAUUUUACAUGUUCUUCGCCGAAAUCUUGAACAAAAUGGCAUCGAAUUUGGACAGUUUUACUGAACAACGUAUGGCCAUGUGCGAUAUUAUCAACAUGAAACCGGCUAAUAUGAGCGCAAUCCUACUCGACGAAUAUGACGAUGGAGAAUGCAUAACAAAACUCGAGUUGGCAACGUUAGAGCAAGGAAUCGUUUUGGAAGUUUUGUUUGCCGUAGGCUUUAUGGUCAUCGGACUGAUCAUUAAUAAAGUUGGCAAAUUCCCCAUUUUAUUUUUCAUUUUGAUAGUUAGUGGAUCGAGUGGCAUUGCUUGUAUGCUAACUAAUAUACCAGUGGUUCAGGUGUACUUACUUAUUACAUUGAUGUGUUCAGGCAUCGCAGUGAAUAUUGUCAAUUCGGCGACCGUUGAACUGUAUCCAACCGCUUUGAGAGCAAUGGCAAUCUGUAUUUCAUUGAUGUUUGGAAGGUUGGGAAGUGUAGUUGGCGCUUCCAUCAGCGCUAUGCUACUGGACAAACAUUGUGAGACUGCCUUCUAUAUAUCUGGCACAAGUGUCCUAGCUGUGGGAGUGCUAACGUACUUUAUCCCGAAAAUUCAUGAAAAGGUCGACAGUCGAAAAUCAAUCGUACAAAACGAACCACGUCUCAGUGUCAUAUCAUUCAGAUAGGCUGUGUUAUUAGUAAUUUAAAUGCGAUAAAAAGAAACUAUGACACAAAUUAUACUAUGAAUACUAUGGAGUCAAAAUGCAAGGAAACCCAAUUCAUUCUCAGCUAUAUUUUGUGUGUGCUGUGAACAUUAAAUUAUGUUCAAAAGUAUUAGAACAUUUAGAUGUAUACCAUAAGAAAUUUUAGAUAUUAAGUAUCAAAACUUCCACUGUGAGCCUAUUUAAAUGUAUAUUUACCAUUUAGUAAUAAAUUUUAAUUGAUAAUAUUUUGUUUUGGAUAGACUGCCAAUAGACCCAUUUUCACGAUGAUCUCCAACAAAAUAAACAAAUAUCAAUCUAGUUACUUCAACGUAAUCCCAACCAUGUUUUCCAUCUAAAUGUAUUUCAAGGUUUUGACGUUUCCUUAAUCGAACAUGAACAGCUUUAAUUUCUCUUCUUACGGUUGUGAAAGUUCAAAUUCCGAGGUAUUGAUUCAUAAACAAGCGAAAUUUAAUCAUCAUCCCGAGCUAUAUCUCGGAAUGUCGCAAAUGGCAACAGAAGAUCCGUGUAAAUAAUCAUCUGCAUGUCAUUUUAUGGUCGACUGAGGAAAAUAAAUCUGUUGGCGAUAAGAUUUUUUCUUGUUCCAAAUUAAUUACGAUACAUUUUAAAACGAGAUUCUGCUAACGGAUCGACGGUUCGUGCUUCAUCUAGAAAAUAUUUUACUGACGUUAGAUUAACAAUUCAUAAUAUGAUUUGAAACGUGAUCAUAAAACUAAGAUUCGUAACAGGCCGAUAGUUC